AUGGCCGCCCGCUCGCUGCGGCCCCUCAGGGCCCUGCUGCCCAAGGCUGGUAACGCCAGCACAGGCAGUUUGUAUUUCAGAGGGUCCCCCGGUGCUUUCAGCACUGCAGCUCAGCAGAGAAGCACAGGAGACGAGUGUGGCCCAGAGGAGCCCAGUGAGGAGCCCAAGCACCCCCUCUCUGACUGUGCCUUGGAGCACAGAGCCAUCAAAUUGGAAGAGCAAGUCCGAGAUUUAACUGAGCGGUACCGGAAAGCUUUGGCAGAUUCCGAGAACGUGCGGAGGAGAACACAGAAGUUUGUGGAAGAUGCCAAACUCUUUGGCAUCCAGAGUUUCUGCAGGGACCUGGUGGAGGUAGCAGACAUCCUGGAGAAGACAACCGAGAGCGCCGCGGGCCAGGCGGAGCCCAGCGAUCCCAACCCCACCCUGAAAAAAAUCUACGAGGGCCUCUCCCUCAUCGAGGCCAAGCUGCAGAGCGUCUUUGCCAAGCAUGGCCUGCAGAAGAUGAACCCUGUUGGUGGCAGGUACGACCCCUACGACCACGAGAUCAUCUGCCACGUGCCAGCCGAGGGCAUGCAGCCGGGCACGGUGGCGCUGGUCACGCAGGACGGCUACAAACUGCAUGGCCGCACCAUCAGGCACGCUCUGGUCGGCGUGGCCGUGGAGGCACAGGAGUGACCUGGCUUCUCCUGCCCCACCUGGGACCUUCCUGAGCUGGGGACACUCACAGCUUCGUGGAUUUACUUAUUUAUUGAGCUGGCUUUGUGUCGUGUGACGGUUUCGGGGUCGCCGUUCGUUCCGAGGUACUUGUGUAUUUAAUAAUCCUAAAUGGAGCUCGUGGAGUAGCAGUAGGAGUGCUGCUGUCUGUCAGAAAUUUUGGGGGCUGUAGCCCCUUUCUCUGCUUAUUUCUCCAUGGAGGUUUGUAUGGGGAAGAGAGGAAAUAGGGAGAGAAAUGGAAAUUCUCUUCUUGUCUCUCUGUUCCAUCUCUGAGGGAGACUCCUGCAGGAAAGGAACUUCUCUGCCUCACUUUCCACAGCUGUAUUAAGGGACUGUAAUAAUACUGACCUACCUCACAGGGAUGUGGUGAGGCUUUUCAUGUGCAAAGCACUGGGAAAAGUCCAGAGGGAUAGAUGAGUAUUAUUAUCACCUGGAUUUGAUGUCUUCCCUUGUCCCCAGACUCCUUGGAUGGGGUGAAGAUGAUCACUUGAAAUGACAUUUAGGGCAGCUUUUUCUUACAUUGCUUCAAGAAAACAAUCUGGAAUUCAUGGAAUCUCUGUCAUUGAAUAGAGAUAAGGGUUUAAAAAUAAUUCAGUUGUUAGGUCACACUAAUGUUAAUAUUCCUUCUCCAGGUAAAAUUCCAGCUUGACUCUUGGUUCCCAAAGGUAAAACAGGGAAUGGUGAUUUGUGGAGGAGCCACAAAACUGUCCUCACAUCUCUUAAUCUCCAACCUAAAUGUAUGUUUUAGAGGAGAGUAAUUUCUCUUCCCUGGUGGGUAUUUGUGCAGCUUUCAAGCAUGAUAAACUGUGUGCUCUCUGUUGCAGCUGCUGGCAAAAUGGAGCUGUGCCCUUAAGCAGGAAAUCUGGACUGUUCUAUUUUCUCAGCUCUCCAGUAGAGAU